GGUGAGCGAUCAGUCGCCCGCGAGAUUCGGAGCGCAACACGACCCCGUGAAUUUAUAGGGAUACUCUGCUGAUUAAAUCAAUCAAUACACACACAAUCAUUGAUAAGCUUAUAAUUUCUGAGCCGGGUAGAAAACCUGCUCAAAAUUAUUAUUCUAUCCAAUUUUCAAGCGGAAAGGAACAAAAAAAAAAAAACAGAUUAUAAUUAAUCAGGCAGCGCCGAUUUCGAUUCCGAUAUAGAUCAUCCGAACAGACUAACAUAACUCGCGGUGCUGUUUGUACAUAAUCAGAGACGAGCAAUAGCCGUUUUAAUCUCUCGUCGCUCAAUUUAAGUGAUCAACUCGUUCAACUUCAUUUAGAGUCAUUUGAGUCGGCGUGAUAUUCAAAUAUAAUCGGGGGUGUGACACGUGCGUGUAAAAUCCGCACGCAAAAACGCGUGCUUCUCUCUCCUUUCCACUCUUUUUUAUUCGGUUCAUAGUUUUUUCGUUUUUUUUUUUUUUUCCAUCACCUACGGGGAGGUAAAUAGAAAAAAAAUCUGUGAGUUCGGGUUCUGGUUACUAGGUCAUAGGUCAGUUAGUGCUCGUGGAGUUCAGUGCGGGGGACUGUGACCUUAUAAAUCGAAUAGAUGCGGCAGGCCGGUGUGCAUCUUUCGUUCAACUGGCGGUGCAUUUCGAAAAAAUGAUGAGAAGGAAAGAGGAAUGAUAAAUAACCGCGAACCGGCCUUCUGCACCGCACCGUGCGAAAAGGACGACAGAUCAGAUAUGAUGAGUACCACGUUGAAAAAGGAGAAAACCGAGAGAAAAGUGCCCAUUUGAAUCAUCGCAAUUAUAAUACGAGUUUAUCGAACCUUUAAAGACAAUGACCACUAGGAUCGUUUUAUCCCUGGUCACGGCUGUCGCCGUUCUUGCAACCUGCCUCGAAGGCAGGAGUCACCUUGAAACAACCGCUCUCAGGCACCACAACCACGAUCGGUAUUAUCAGCGUUGGAAACAUAUCCUCGAGGCUCAAACCUCGAGGAAGAACGACUGGGAGGAUUGGACGUCUUCCGAAGGGGAUGAGGACGUCCGUGACCCCGAGGAGCGACCCCUAGGGUACCACGAUAGACGGCACACCGGCGUUUCUGACUGGAAACUCGGCUACGGUCGACGAGGUCCUUACCGAGGAAAAUACGAUCUUCCGAGACGGAGUAAAAAGGGCAGAUCGGAAGAAAAACCAGCGAGCAGAAGGGAUUAUUACCCUCAUGGGGGAUCCGGAGGACGCCAAAACUUCAAUCGACACGUUCCUCCCGCCUACGGUCGAGACGAAAGGCCGUGGAAGCAUCGCGCGGUCGGAGGAGGAUAUGGAAGACGCAAGGAUCAGGAUGUCAGAGAAGAAUUCGAAGCACAGGCUCGAAGGAGGGGGAGGUACGAGGAUGACGAGGGGUACGAGGCAGACGACGAGGAAUACUACCCGACGUCCAAAAAGGGAAGCUACGAGGGAAGUACGAAAGGACGAAGGAACAAACACGAGAGCAAAAGAUUGAACGAUUGGAGGCACUGGGGGGACAAAGAUGAGGAGGAGGAGGAUCAGGACGACUACGAAGAGGACGACGAAAACGACGAAUAUGAUAUCGACGAAGAGGACUACGAUGUGCAGGAGUCCAAUACGGACUCGCGGAGCAGCGGUUCGAGGAGGAAAAGUAGCGGCAGGUCUUUCUCUCACCCUCACGAUGAUUCCGGUAUUUCGAGUCGGCGAGGGUCUCACGAUAAAAGGAAAAGAGAGAAGCACUCGGGGGACUCGAAAGUGAAACUCGAAGACUUGAACGAGGUCGAGGGUACGGAGGACGUUGCAGAGGCCGACGAAGACUUGUGGGGGGAAACGGACGACGAGGAAAUUGACGGGAGUAUCGACGACUACGUCGAACCCGAGGAAUCGAACUUGGCUUUGAAAGAGUCGAAGGAAGAUUCGAGUGUCAAGGCGAUAGACGACGUCAUCAGGAAAUUGAUGGCCGACGAUACUCCGACCACGCCGAAAAACACUGGUAGAAGGGAUUACAGGAAUAUCGACAAAGAUAAACACCAGGUGCGAGGGCGACACCCGAAUCUUCACCACGAUGCAAAAGGUAGACAGCCCUACAGGACGUGGCACAGAAAACCGCAGAGAUCAUCGCCGCCUGUAACGACAACGACGACGACGACGACGACGACGACCACCACCACCACGCCGAAGUCGUACACGAAGUAUACGAGCGAGUUGAAUACUUCGCAGACGAAUUCGUCGCGAAACGAAGUCGAUCAGGUGGCGGUAAAUAGAAAUAUUAAGAAACCGGCGUUAGUGGCCCUCACGGCGAAGGAUCAGGAGCCUGACGACGCGAAGACUAAAAGUUUGGAACAGGAUUACGAGGAGUACGAAAACGACGAGAAGCAGGAGGAUCUUGAAGAGGCUGAGACUGAAACUGAGGACGACAAGAAGUGGACCUCCGAGAAGGAUCCGCAGGACUACGCGGAGGAGGACGGCGUAGAUGAAAAUGAGAAUGAGACUGAAAGAACGUCUUUGGUGACGACGACGACGACGACGAUGACGACGACGACGACGACGCCAGCGCCGAUCACGAUUCGAUCGCUCGAUCACCGUCAAUCCAGAGUAAUGGACCCUAGAGCCGUUGGAAACGCUCCAAGAAACGUCCAAUCCACUUCCACGGAUUAUCCACCGAUGAGUGACUACAGUGUCCACAAGUGGAUGACCUUGGGAUCGAGAAAAGCUGUCAACGAACAACGGAGGAAUCCGCAACAGCCGACACGAGACGACAGAGUUACAGAGAACGAGAUCACGAAGGCGAUUGACCACGUGCGAAGGAUGCACCGAGAGGGGACGUGCAGGUGGCCGAGGCCGAGGGUUAUUUCGGUAACGGACGUCCACCCGAAUCCCACGAAAAAUUACAACCCACAUUGCACAAUUCUUCACAGAUGCGCCGAUGACACGGGAUGCUGCAUCGCGCACAGGACAUGCGUACCAAAAGAAUGGCACACCGUCGAACUUUCGUUUUAUGCAUCCGCUAUAAGUGGCCCCAGCCAUGUGGAGAAACUGAAGUUUGACAAUCACACCGAAUGCGAAUGCCGAUCAAGGGAAGAAAUCAACAGAAAGAAAUGGCCACCCCAUAAACCACCGGAGAAUACGAAAAAACCUUGCAAAUGUCCUUCAAAUUUCACAGCCAAAGUCCCCUCUGAAGGUGAAUGCCAAUGCGAAUGUUUGGACAACCAGAUGGACUGCAUUAGAACAAGAAGGGGGAAGGAGUAUUUCUCAGUGAGAGAUCGAUGGUGUAUUCAGAGCGCGGAGUGCGCGAUGCCUUCGUGCGAGUUUGGCGACUACAUGAGAAAGCAGGGACGAUGUCCAAAGAAGAAGGAAAAAUUUGAAGCAGUGAAUUUCUACAGCUCACAUUUUAGAAACACAUUUUAGAUAAUCGAUAGAUUUUUGAGUUAGGUACGAACAUAUGAGUAUGUGAAGAAUAAAAAGGACACGAUAGAAAUAAAAUAAAAAGAUUUAAAAAAAAAAAAAAAGGAAAGGAAAACGGAUGAAAAUGUGCCAAGACCACCGAUCUGUAAUAGAUCAGUGGCCAAGACGGAAUUUGCGUCGCGUCGCUGCAUUAACGUCAACGAAUUAUGGUGCCAUUUGUCAGUGCCUUGGAACAUUUAUAAGUUUACUUUACGGUAUUUUCGUGUUAAGUAUAGUGCGGGUCUACGAGAUGCUGCAAUAUUAUUAUGAUACAAUACCAGUGCAGCCUUAUAACGACCAAAAUCGUGUUCACUGCUACCGCGCUGCUCAGCGAUCGCCAAACCAGCUAUUGGUACUGCUAUAGAAAACCAUCGCAACGAUCAAUUUCAGGAACCGAUUAUUACGAGAUUAUUGAUGAUGAUCUAACAGCGCGGGCUGCAACUUACACUUUAUUGGAUACCAUUUUUCAUAAGAUCAGCUACAGAAUGCGAUAAAAUGCAUUAUUGUGAUUAUGGUGCAAGAAUCUUUAUACACGAAUAUAAAUAAUUUCGGCUGAACAAGUUAACUGCAUGUAUAGAUUUGAUUAUUACGAUGGUAUAAUAAUUUUAUUGAAAAAAAACAAAAAUAUAUAUAUAUAUUAUAUAGUACGUAUUUUUUAUUAUAAAUUAACGUUACUAUAUUAAUAAAUGUAUAAUAAUUAUAUCUUCAACCGCAUCAUCAUUCAGUGAGUAUAAUAAACGAGAAAUCCGAAUCGUCAUCGGAUCCUGAGCCUAGUCUUAACAAAUUCACAUUUUUAUACAUGAUUACUUUAUAUGAAAAAAAAAAGAAGGAAAAGAAAUGAAAAAAGGAUGAGAAAAAAUGGAAUAUAAUAAUACUAUCCUUAAUUGUAUUUAAUCUAACACCUAACCACCACCUUCGCUAAUUUAAUAUUUAAUCUCUAUAGCUUAGACCAUAUUACUUUACUUGUAUCGUUAAAAUAAGCAUGAUUGUAUAUUAUAAUUCAAUUAUGAAAAACGGCUAUAUCGAAUGAGAUCAAGUGAUUACAAUAAUUAACGCGGUCCGGCCUGCAGCAUAAUGAGAAAUCUAAUUACCUAUUAUCUCAUUCAUUAUUGAAAGAGUUGAGAAGUUAAGGCUGGAACCAAAAUAAUUCACGAUAUCAAUUUUACCAAUAUUAUAUUGUAUUCUAUUGGCAUGACGCGAAUGAGUUUCAUUAAUUAUUAAUUAUUAUUAUUAUUAUUAUUAUUAUUAUUAAUAUUAUUAUUUUCAUCAUCAUCAUCAUUAAUAUUACGAUUUUUUUCUGAAAAUAGGAGAUAGGUUCGAUAACUUUACGAUAUUUAACCAGAGCCCCACGUACUCCUUCCUCCCCUCUUCCCGUUACGAUUGAUACGAUGAAAAACAUUGAGCAAUGUAUUAAAAUUGUAGAGAAAAUCUCAUAACGGGUAAUUUCAAUGCUCGCCCGAUAUUAAUGGCCCGAGUAUUCGAUCAGUGUGAAGAAAAAAAAUAAUGAAAAAUAACCAUUGAUUUUUAAAGAAAAAAAUGAAAUAUAACACCGUGAACCUUGUAAUCGGUAUUCAAAUAUUCACAAAAUCGUUACAUAGAUUUAUGUAUAAAUGUGUUUUCUACGCUUUUAUACGAUAAUAUUUUUGAUUAUAUAUAGUGUGUACGUAAAAAUUCUUUAGAAGAAUGACAAAUAUCCUAUUGUAUACAAAUAUACAUAUAAUUUCGCUUGAUUGGAAACCAUUUAAGGUGCAGAUCGUAGGUAUGUAGAUCAUUAUGUACGUAUAAUAUGUAUAGGUAUUAUGUGUGUAAUGGCGAAAUUUAGAUAUGUCAUGUAUAUGCUGAAAAAGCAUUGUAUUACUAUAUGAAAAACAAAAAAAAAAAAACACUAUAAGAGCUUAAGGUUUUUUUACCAACAAUCUUAAGCAGUAUAUAGUAUGGAUAGAAAGAUAAUAUGAAAUUGUAUAAAGAAUCUCAAGUUCAUAGUAAUGAAAUAUAUAUUAUGUAUUAUUGUACUAAAAGUAGUUAUACAUAUUA